ACUCUGACAUAGAAGAACCAAAGUGCGCUCCUCCAGCAAAGCGAUCCACGCGUUUACAACUCACAAGUCUAUGUUUUAGGACAGAAUGGGCCCUACUACGCGACAUGAUCAAAUACAAGGUGGACGAGAAUAUCGCCCUAUUUCUAGCAGAUCCACUGCCUCACAAUACAGUGGAAUUCCAACCAUUGCCUGAAGAUCUCCUCAAGGCUGGUAACUUGAAGUUACCGCCGUUCCCGCUUCGCGAACAGAACGAUCUCAGCCACAGUGAGGUACCGAAAGCGUAUAUGAACCAGCAAGAAGCAGGCGAGAUCAAAGCUUUCAUUUUUAGGCAACUACAUGAAUUUGACGACGAACCUCCUUUCACGAUACAACGCGUCUGCGAGCUCUGUGUACGACCAAAACAGCAUUACAAAGCUCUUGGAAAGUAUCUUCGAGCGGUAGAGAAAUCAUUACUCGUUACAUCCUCGUGGAAUGCUUUCCCAGUGGAAGAAUCCAAUCAAGACGGCCCAACAAUAUCUUCAUUAUCGAUGACAGCUGGUUUACUAUCAGCACCGACUACUCCCCUCUUCUCUCCCAUAUUCUUUCAUCAUGAAGAUGCACGCUCAAAGUCACAAAGUCCUCCUCCGUCACCUCUAACACUAAGUGGCAUAGAAUCUACGGGGAACGUCGAACCCUUGGAAGGAAUGCCACCCAAAGCACUUGGCCUAGUAGACGAAUUGGACGACCCAGGCCCAGGGCACUUGAGUAAUCAUCCAACAGCUCUUACAGCUGUUACUACGGUAGGCUCAAAGCCUUUCAUGGACACCCUGGAGACAAGGUUUGUGAAAGGAGAGGGACAACAUGAUAUGGAUAGCGGUGAUCAAAGGAUGACAGACGGAGCGGGAGACAAGGAAAAUAUAGGUUGACAGUGCUUUCAUC